AUGCCAAGAUCCAAACGUUCUAAGCUGGUUACUCUAGCUCAAACCGAUAAGAAAGGUAGAGCCAACAAAGAAAGAAUCUUCGAUGAAGUAAGAGAAGGUCUAGACACGUACCGUUACGUCUGGCUGAUGUUGCUAGACAACGUAAGAACUCCAGUCCUGCAAGAAAUAAGACAGGCUUGGACCGGCUCUAAACUACUAAUGGGUAAAAGAAAAGUACUAGAAAAGGCUCUUGGUGACACUAGGGAAAACGAAUACAAGGAAAACCUUUACAAGUUCACAAAAUUAUGCAACGGUGUCACAGGUCUACUGUUCACUAACGAGACACCAGAAGUCGUUGAAGAAUAUUUCAAAGCUUACGAAAAAGCCGAUUUUUCGAGACCAAACUCAAAGGCUCCAAUAUCGUUCACUAUCCCAGAAGGUAUCAUCUACUCUCGUGGUGGUCAAGUUCCAGUCGACGAUGACAUCCCAAUGGUCCACUCUUUGGAACCUACUCUAAGAACUAAAUACGAUAUCCCAACGAAGAUUAAGGCAGGGAAGAUCACUCUGGAGACUCCUUACGUCGUUUGUGAAGAAGGUGAAACUUUAGAUGUUCGUAAAGCGUUGAUCUUAAAGCAAUUCGGUAUCGCAGCCUCUGUAUUCAAAGUUAAACUUGCAGGUUAUUACGAUAAUGAUUCCUCCGAAUUGACUACUACUAAGAUAAAUAUUGAUUAA